UCAAGGCGGGUUUUUCACAUUUGCGGGUGCUCUGUUGUGUGCUGGCUGGCUAUGUCUGCUCAGUGCUGGCUGCUGGCGGUCCGCGGCUUGACCCGAAUAUGGCAACGGAUUCGUUUAACGAUGGGAGGUGAUGGAUCGUUGCGAUGAUAUUUUUCUUUUCGGACUGGUUGUGGGCCGUCAUGGCCGGUCAAUCCGAACCUGUCUCAUCAGACCAGAGUGUGCAGGCAGAGCAGCCAGCCAGGACAAUCGACACCAGAUGUGUAAGAGCGGGCUCAAGGCCGUGGGUCGAAUUUAGCGCUGUAGGCAUCGCUCAGAUUCCGUACGAAUACCUAGACGUGGGAGGACACGGUAGCCUCUCUGCAAAUGAUGAGCUGCGGACUGUGCCUCGAAAUUCACGGUCAAAUCUUGCCAUGUCGGCCUUGGUUCGAGUCCCCGUGGUCAGCUUGACCGGAGACGAAGCAGCGGCAACUCCAGUAUCUACGGAACAACAAGCGGAAGGACAGGCCUGGACUCGGUGCGUGUGGAGUCUCAGGGCGGGCGAUGGAGGAUUCGGUUUGCCUCUAGAAUGGGCUUUUGAUCCCGGCCAGUGACGGCGGCC